AUGUCAACGGACGUAGAGCGACGACCGACUCGCUUCGACAGCCAAGUUACACGUGUUGAAGGCGGUGAAGAAGAUUGUUCGACGGAGAAGCUACCGCGGUUUAGCAUCGAUGGGUCUGGAUCGCCUGACAAUCCAUACAACCCUGCACCACGAAGGCACAGCAGACACCCGAACUUGAAGGGACCAUCGCCACUUCCAGGUGCACAGACUGGGUUUCAAGACCAGUACGGGGAAGUUCCGUGGCGCUGCGGAAAUCCUCACCGAUUCAGCACACCGAAGAAUGGCGACUCUUGGCACAAGUGCUGGAAAUUGACGGAAAAGCAUGAUAAUGAGAUGUGUGAUGCGUGGAAGGAUGAAGUGGACAAACUGUUGAUCUUUGCUGGUCUAUUCAGCGCAACAGUGACAGCAUUUGCCGUCGAGUCGUACAAAUGGCUCCAGGAAGACAACGAAGACGUCUCGGUUCGCCUUUUGGCCUUCAUGGCUUCUCAAGUAGCCCAGUCCAACGUUUCGGUGCCUCCUGAACUCGUUCCCCCACCAUUCUCUGUCAGCGGCUCCGACAUUCGAAUAAAUGCUGCGUGGUUCCUAAGCCUCACCCUCAGUCUGACCACUGUCCUCAUUGGCAUCCUAUGCCUUCAAUGGUUGCGUGAAUUCCAACGCGAUGCAGCACUUCCUCACAAGGAGGCAGUUGCACUCCGUCAGAUGCGAUACGAGGGAUUGCUACACUGGCGGGUACCGGAGAUUCUCUCAGCACUACCGGUCCUUCUUCAAGCUGCCCUCAUCCUUUUCUUCGUCGGUCUCCUCGAUCUCCUGUGGAACCGACACCAGCUAGUAGCGAUUCUGAUAUCCACGGUUGUGGGGGUUGUGAUGAGCUUUUUGGCAGCAACUACGAUGCUACCAGCUCUCCAGCAUGCAUUCACGAAGGUUAAACACCUACAGGUCAAACAAUGCGCAUACAAGUCACCUCAGUCAUGGCUUUUCUACCGCACCGGCCAUGUCAUUUUCUGGUUAUUCAAUUCCUUCAACCUUCCAUGGUCGAAGUUUGACUCGCAUCGCUUUCAUCGGCUGCUCAAAUCGGCAGGCGAUCUGAAUUGGAUGGCAUUUGACAUGAGAUGGAGGCAGCUGCGCGAUGCUGAGGAGGUGGUCAGGGGCACGGCGAAGAAGCUGAGGGAUUCGGACGACAUCAUCCACGCCCUCCAAUGGAUCAACAACACCUUCGCACAGAGCGUCGAAGCUGUCUAUCCCAUCUAUCACGGCCUCGCCGAUCUGGACGUUUCGACUGCGGCAACAACGAUCUCAGGCUUCUACCUAGAUGGCCAAAUCGACAACGCCACUCUUCGAGUGAUGCUGGACGACCGGUUUUCGCCAACGGAGGAACAAAAGCGUGACAUCCUCUCCGCGUACUACCUUCAUCUCCACCAAGGCACCCAUAUUGUUCUCAAGGCAUCGUACUUUGAGACGAUCAUCAGGAUACUGAACUCGCAGGAAGUGCCACGACCAUUCUACGACUGGCUCUCAGAAAUCCUGCAAGAACUCGCGUCAGCACUUCCCUCUUCCACCGACUCCAGCUCAUCGUUUUCUCUUCUCGACCCAGAAAUCACAGUUCAAGUACUCAUAUGCAUCAAGAAGCUCAUUCCGCGGAAUGUUCUUCAAACACUAGACGCCGUCGUGGCAUGGGCACUCCUACAUCGUCUCCUUUCCCCUUCUCUCAUUACCUCCUCGGACCCCGACCAUCCGGCUGCAGUGGAAGUAAACGUGUCGCACCUCAAGCUUGCAGGAGGGCUCUUCGAGCAGUUCGAGUAUUGGAUACAUCGUGGUCGCGAGAUUGACCGUUGGGAGCGCGUCAAGCUCUGUGCCGAGGGGAUGAUGACCCUGUUCCCGCCUUCGUCUGGUGCUGACAUACCAUGGCUCGAGAGCUUGUGUCCAGAAGCGAUGGCAAAGGCUGGCUCCCUCGUCCGUGUCCUCAAUGCACGGAUAGACGUGCUAGGUGGACCCAAGGCUGUCUUGCUUCGCGAGCGAUGGUGGUUGGAUUACUGGGAAGCAUAUACGGAGAGCGAUUGGGAGCGGCUGUUGCUGAACUUCCAGGUUCUGGGUUCGCCAGAAGAGUUAUGA